AUGCCGCAACAAAAGGGAAAAAAAAGUGUUAAGCCGACGAAGAAAGUGACAAAGAAGGUAGUCAAGCAAGAAGAGGAGGAUAUUGACGCGGAGGAAAUGAUGAGACAAAUGGCACUUCAAAACGAACAAAAAGCCGCGGAAGAGCCGAAAAAGGAAGAGGAGAAACCAAUUGCAAAACAGGAGGAGAAGCCUGUCGAGAAAGUCGAGGAAAGUAAUCCUGCGAAGGAAACGGAGGCGAAAGAGGUGAAGAAAGUGACCAAAAAAAAAGUCUCGCCAGCGGAAAUGGCGCGCCGGAAAGCGAUGGAGAAGUUGAAAAAAGACAAAGAAGAGGAGGAACGACUUGCAAAAGAAGAGAAAGAGAAGGAGCUUGCGGAGGAAGCAGCACUGAAGAAGUUUCAAGAGGAAGAGGCCAAACGAUUGAAACUCGAAGAAGAGCGAAAAGCGGAGGAGAAGCGACUUGCUAAAGAGCGUAAGCAAAAAAAAGAAGCGGAUGACAAGCAAAAACGUAUUAUGAUGUACAUUAAUGCGAAUAGUAAAGUCGAAGGGCUUAUUCGAGAGAAUGACACGAUAGUGAAGAAGGAGACAUCCAUCGCAAAAGAAAUGAAAGAGUUUGACGAGAAGAUGAAGGAAGGGAAGAAGCGGCAAAAGAAGGAAAAGGUGACGAAAGAGGUAGUUGAGAGUGUUGAAGAAGUUGCUCAACCUUUUGAAGAGACGAAAGAAGAGGAACAAAUCACUGAUGACAUGAAUUGGGAAGAGAUGUUGGAAAUGGAAGAAAACAAAGAAAAGGAAAUCCAAGAGAGACAAGACCAACUGAAAAAACUCGAAGCAGAACGCGCGGAAGAAAAGAAGAGAAAAGAAGAAGAAGAAAAAAAGAAGAAAGAAGAAGAGGCACUUGCAAAAGCAAGACCAAAGUAUCGAUCACCUAUUUGCUGUGUCUUGGGGCACGUCGAUACCGGUAAAACAAAAAUCCUUGAUAAGAUGAGACGAACGGACGUCCAAAAGGGUGAAGCGGGAGGAAUUACUCAACAAAUUGGGUCCACAUUCUUCCCAUUGGAUGCAAUUGAAAAAAUGACGGAGAAGAUGAAAGAAAAGACCAAAUUAGACUUUAAAAUACCGGGGCUGUUAAUAAUGGAUACUCCGGGCCAUGAGUCGUUCACUAACUUGAGAAGCAGAGGAACAAGUUUGUGUGAUAUAGCUGUUUUGGUUGUUGAUUUGAUGCAUGGACUCGAGCCUCAGACCAUCGAAUCGAUCAAUUUGUUGAAACAAAAGAACACGCCAUUUGUCGUUGCGUUGAAUAAAAUCGACCGAUGCUACCAAUGGAAGGCGACAGACAACGGUCCCUUCAGAGACUCAUUUGAGAAACAAAGCUCUGACACAAAACAAGAGUUCCAAAACAGACUGAAAGCUACUAUUUCAGACUUCGCUGCGCAAGGAAUCAACUCGUGUUUGUACUAUGAAAAUAAAAACAUUAAGGACUACGUCUCGUUGGUCCCAACUUCUGCUAUCACCGGAGAGGGUAUUCCCGACUUGGUCACGGUUUUAAUCGCAAUGACACAACGUUUGAUGCUCGAGAAGUUGACUCCAAGCGACGAAUUGCAGGCUACUAUUAUGGAAGUCAAGACCACGGAAGGACAUGGAACUACUAUUGAUGUCAUCUUAGUCAAUGGGAUGUUGCGUAGAGGAGAUCGAAUAGUUGUUUGUGGUAUGCAAGGGCCUAUAGUGACUUCCAUUCGAGCGCUAUUAGUCCCCGUCCCAAUGAAGGAUAUUCGUGUGAAGACGCAGUACAAUGUGCAAGAAGUUGUUUGUGCGGCUCAAGGGGUUAAGAUAUCAGCACAAGACCUGGACAACGCAAUUGCCGGGUCAUCCAUUGCGGUGUGUAACGAUGACGACUUCCUUGAGGAGACGAAAAAAGAGGUCCAAAGCGAGUUUGAAAAAUUCCAGUUGAAUGUCAACGAGAAAGAAGGUGUUUUUGUACAAGCGUCAUCUCUUGGUUCAUUGGAGGCGUUGUUGAGAUUCUUGAAAGAGUCUAAGAUACCAGUUGCUGGGAUUGGACUGGGUCCUAUCUUCAAAAAGGAUGUGAUGAAGACUUUGAUCAUGAAGGAAAAGAACCCGGACUACGCUAUUAUUAUGGCGUUCGAUGUUCCAGUCGACAAAGACGCGAGAGAGUACGCCAACGACGAAAAGAUUUUAAUCUUCACAGCGAACAUUAUUUAUCAUCUGUUCGACCAAUUCACAGCACAUAUGCAAAAACUCGAAGAAGCUAAGAGAAUUGCAGCGGAGAAUGCGGGUAUUGUUGUCUGGCCAUGCGUUGCUGAAAUCUUGCCACAAUUUGUUUUCAACGACAGAAACCCGAUUAUCUGUGGUGUGAAAAUACUCCGAGGAACUUUGAAGAUGGGAUGCCCAAUCAGCCUUCCAUCAAGAAAUAAUUUGGACAUUGGACGUGUGAUUGGAAUUGAAAACAAUAAUAAACCCGUCGAGGUGGGAAAAGUUGGGGAAGAAGUUUGUAUCAAGAUCGAGCCAUUCUCACAGUCUUCUAUUUACACAUACAAAAAACACUUCGACUCGAAGGAUUUGUUAUACUCCAAAAUAUCAAGAGAGUCACUGGAUUUACUUAAAACAAGAUACGGAAAAGACCUCACUCAAGACGACAUUCAACUGCUUGUUGAGUUGAAGAAAACGUUCAAUAUUUUUUAA